AUGUGGGGCAAAGAUCCGAGCGAGCUUGAUCCGAGCGUUUUAGCCCGCGUGCCAGUCACGAUCGGCUACCAGGACCGUUACUUCUUUGAUAAGUACGAGGGCUUGCCGAUCGAAGGUUACACCAAGAGCGUGGAAAAAAUGCUCGCCCACAAAAAUAUCAAAGUGAUUUUAAAGACCGACGCCAGCAACUUGAUCAGUUUUCGCGAUGGCAAAAUUUACUACCGGGCUAAACAAGUCAAAGUACCGCUCGUUUACACCGGUCCCAUCGACCACCUUUUCAACUACCGCUACGGACUGCUUGAGUACCGUUCGCUCGACAUUAAAGUCCAAACUUUGGCGCGGGAUCAGUUUCAACCCGUGGGAGUGGUCAACUACCCGGCCGAUCCGACCAUGACUAGAAUUAGCGAGUACAAACACAUGACCGGUCAAAAGGUGGUCGGUAAAACUGUCAUCACCCGCGAGUACCCAGGAGCUUACCAACCGGGUUCGCCCCGCUUUGGAACGCGCUACUACCCGAUGAUGACUGACCAAGCUAAGGUGGCCUACCAAAAAUACCAGGAGUUAGCUCGUCAGUACCCCAACCUUCAUCUGGUUGGUCGCCUAGCCACGUUUAAGUACAUUAACAUGGACCAGGCGGUUAAAAUCGCGCUUGAGAAAGCAGCCCAAUUGCUUGGGAAAGCCCCGGGUUAG